UCACGAAGGCCCCAACAAACAUACUAUUAUUACGCACUUUGCUGUUGCAGAGUCGCACCUAAAUUCCUCUCAAAUUCCUGCUUCUCCACCAAUGGCCACUCUCUCUGCCUUCUCUACUCCUUCUCCUCCAUGGCCAAAUCCUAACCCUAGCUCUGACCCGAACCCUAACGCUAAGUCAGACUUGCCUGAUCAUGAGGAGCGGUCUCAGAGAACCGAACUGGAGGAUGUCGAUUCGCCGCCGAAUUCUCGGCCUACUCAAAACUUUAACCCUAACAUCCAGGAUGGUCGUCUGUCGCCAUCGUCGGUUCCGUCUCUUCUCCACAUCUCGUUCAACCAAGACUACGGAUGCUUCGCGACGGGUACAGAUAGGGGGUUUCGCGUCUAUACGUGUGACCCCUUCCGUGAGAUAUUCCGGCGAGAUUUGGACCGCGGCGGGGGAAUUGGGGUUGUUGAAAUGCGGUUAGUGUCUAAUUUGAUGGCCUUGGUGGGUGGGGGCUCCGACCCUCAGUACCCGCUCAACAAGGUCAUGAUCUGGGACGAUUAUGAGAGUCGGUGCAUUGGCGAGCUCUCGUUUCGGUCGGAGGUUCGAGCGGUUCGUCUCCAGUUGGACCGGAUUGUGGUGGUGUUGGAGCAGAAGAUUUUCGUUUACAAUUUCGCGGACUUGAAGCUUUUGCAUCAGAUGGAGACGAUUGCGAAUCCGAAGGGGCUUUGCGCGGUUUCGCAGGUGGCUGGGUCUAUUGUGCUGGUGUGUCCCGGUUUGCAGAAGGGGCAGGUUAGGGUUGAACACUACGCGUCUAAAAGGACCAAGUUCAUCGCGGCCCAUGAAUCCAGAAUUGCGAGUUUUGCGCUCUCAAUGGACGGGCAGUUGCUUGCGACUGCAAGCUCUAAGGGGACUCUGGUCAGGAUUUACAACACAAUGGAUGGGGUAUUGCUCCAAGAGUUACGAAGGGGUGCUGACAGAGCAGAGAUCUAUAGUAUGGCAUUCUCUUCAACUGCACAGUGGCUGGUAGUCUCAAGUGACAAGGGCACUGUCCAUGUUUUCAGCCUUAAGGUUAAUUUGGCAUCCCCUGGGAAUGACAAGUCACGUGGUGCAUCUAAUUCCAAUCUGGCAGUGGCAUCAUCCACCUCAUCACUCUCUUUCAUCAAGGGAGUAUUGCCCAAGUAUUUUAGCUCAGAGUGGUCAGUGGCUCAGUUUCGCUUGCCUGAAGGUUCUCAAUACAUUGUUGCUUUUGGUCACCAGAAGAAUACUGUGGUAAUUCUUGGAAUGGAUGGAAGCUUCUAUCGAUGUCAGUUCGAUGCAGUGAGCGGUGGAGAGAUGAUUCAGCUGGAGUACCACAACUUCCUUAAACCUGAAAAUGCUAUGUAAUAGGGGCUUGGGUUACUUGUACGUUCUAUAUCUGGGCCAUGUAUAUAACAUUCCCUUUCAUUAUGGUUUUUAUCUUGCAUUUUACCCUUACCUAUGGAUGGCUACACGAAUCUAUUGUAAGUAUCUCAGUGUAGAUGGGUCACAAUCUAUAUAUACUGAUUAUAGUCAAUAUGAAAACAAAUUAAAGCAAAUUUGUGUA